GUGUUAGUUGAUGUAUGAAAUUUAAAUAUUUUAUGUGUUGAUGUAUGUUUUAGCACAGGAUCCGAGUUUAUGUACUGAUCGGGACCGCGACACUCUAUUGAUGUAUGAAUUGGCCGAUUUCCCCAGGGCCUCCUAAAGAAAUGCAAGCUAGGGGAGAACCAAGGAGACUCCUCAUUUGCGGACUCCCUGCAAAAGGAUUCAUACCACAUCUCCACCAACAGCCACAGCAAGAAGCUGAUGAGGAUGUGGUCGAGCUCACAGAACGACAGUACCGGAGAGCUGAAGCAGAUGAUGAUGUGGUCGAGCUCACAAAACGACAGUACCGGAGAGCUCUUGGAUACUUGAUCCGCAUUGAGGAAGAUGAAGAAGACAUCGAUCCAAUGUACCGCAGAGCUAUGAAUAACAUGCGAAACAGUGCAGGCAACACGUCUCAACUGAGACGCCCGAAACAAGAGGAAGGAGAGUCUUCUAGAGGCAAGGCUCGGCGAACAUAAGGAGCAAAAGCUGAAUGUAAUUUGUUCUUUUUUCAUGAAGCUGAAUGAAUUUUCCAGUUUAUGUUUUGGUAGUA